AAAGCGUGUGGUGAUUCUGAUUGGUUGGUGAAUAACACCUAUAAUUUGAUCAUUAGUUAUAAGGUACUUGUCUCUUCAAAAUUCUCCAUUGUUGUUCCUUUUUCACCUUCACCAAAUUCACCAUUAAUUUAUUCUCCUUUUUCUCUCUAUAUAUAACACACAAAGAAAACCCUAAUCCCUAAUUCCUAAUUCCUAAUUUUCAUUUUUUUUUUUCCUUCCAAAAGUUCCUAUUAUGGCGGAUAGAGUAUACCCAGCUGCUAAACCAGCUGCCCCUAAUGGCACUGCUGCUCCCGCUCCCGCUCCUGCCGCCGCCGCCGCCGCCGGAGCUAAUCAGACGUUUCCGGCGAACAAAGCUCAGCUUUACAACGCUGCUAGACCUACUUACCGUCCUAUGCCGCCUCCCCGCCGUAAACACCGACGGAGCUGCUGUUGUUGUUGUUGCCUGUUCAUUACCUUUUUCAUAAUCACUAUUGUUCUACUUGCUGCAAUUGCCGGUGCGAUUUUCUGGGUGCUUUACCGUCCUCAGAGGCCUUCGUUCUCUGUUUCUACUCUUCAAGUCUCUCAAUUCAAUCUUACUUCUACGAAACUCGCGUCGAAGUUCAAUCUCACCGUUGUUGCUCGUAAUCCUAACAAAAAGAUUUCUUUCUUCUACGAUCCAAUUAACAUCUCGUUCAAUUCAAACGAUGUUGAUAUCGGAGACGGAUCGUUACCGGCUUUUAUGCAUGAUAGGAAAAACACAACGACGUUGAAGACUGUAGUGUCAAGUUCAGGGAAAAAUCUCGACGAUUCUGCGAUUUCUAAUCUGAAAUCUAAAUUGAAGAAUAAGAGCAGUCUGCCAUUGGAGAUAAAACUUGAUACAAAAGUUAAAGUCAAAGUUGGAAGCUUGAAAACGAAGAAAGUUGGAAUUCGAGUUAAAUGCAGUGGUAUUAAAAUUACUGUUCCUUCCGGCAAAACUCCGACUAAAGCUACUACUUCAAAUGUGAAAUGCAAAGUGGAUCUUCGAAUCAAGAUCUGGAAAUGGACUUUCUGAUGAGCACUUUGAUUUUAGGGUAGAAGGAAAUGGUGUGAUUUUCCUUUACCCUCUUGUUUUGCUUGUUGAUUUCUUUGUUUUUUUUUGUUUUUUGGUAAAUGGAUGUUUGUAGGAUAUAGUUCAAUUUGGUUUUUGUUAUAUAUACAUAAUCUGCCAAAUCAAAUUUGUUCAGUUAGGAUUGGGAGUAGCAGCAUAUAUUCAUUCUUAAUAUAAUAUAGAGAGUAUUUGUAUGUGUUAUUUGAUCAUAUAUUGAAUUUACAUUUCAAUGA